AUGUCAACAACCUGUGUCGUACAAGAAUCACAUGGAACGAGCCUCAUCGCACUUGAGGCUUCGCCUCAUGGCCAGCAGCUAGAUAGCUCCGCAGCACCUAACGGAGAAAGCUUUCCUAAGUUAGAGACAUGGAAUCAGUCCCGCCGCAAUGUUCAGCGGACAUUGGCGACAUUCUGGUGUUUUAUGGUUAUGGGUGCAAAUGAUGCCGCUUAUGGUUUAGAAUCCUACUAUCACCUGUCCUACACAAUUGUUUCUCUGGUGUUCUUAUCACCUUUGGUUGGUUAUACGGUUGCUGCUCUUCUCAAUCAUCGCAUCCACAGCACAUUCGGCCAGCGGGGUGUAGCUAUCAUUGCGCCAUUGAGCCAUUUGAUCGCCUAUGUUAUUAGCUGUGUCCACCCACCCUACCCUGUACUGGUCGUUGCAUACAUCUUCGCAGGGCUAGGCAACGGCCUCGAAGAUGCCGGUUGGAAUGCAUGGAUAGGUAACAUGGCGAAUGCAAACGAGCUACUGGGGCUGCUGCAUGGUUUCUAUGGAGCCGGUGCAGUGCUGAGCCCGUUAAUCGCAACUUCCAUGAUUGCCAGGGGCAAUAUGCCGUGGUACUAUUUCUAUUAUGUCAUGCUAUUGGUGUGUGGAGCAUGCUUUUGGAAUGCGAGAGCUGCCGACUUCCUCGCAGCGAACGUACAAUCCGCCGAAGAGAACCGACAAGGCGGGUUGAAGCGCGCACUAUUCAACCGCCCUUCCGCCCGAGUGACAUGGCUAUGUGCCCUCUUCUUGUUGGGAUACGUCGGAGUCGAAGUCGCACUCGGUGGUUGGAUCGUGACCUUCAUGAUCCGAGUUCGAGACGGUAGUGCUUUUGCCAGCGGUAUGACUGCCACUGGAUUCUGGCUUGGAAUCACAGUGGGACGCAUAGUACUAGGAUUCGUGACACCACGGGUGGGUGAGAAGAUUGCUAUUUCGACAUACAUUCUUUGCUCGAUUGCCUGUGCUCUGAUCCUCUGGCUUGUGCCUCAAUUUUAUGCGUCGGCUGUAGCGGUUUCCCUCCAAGGAUUUUUCCUGGGUCCGCUCUUCCCUGGAGUGGUUGUAAUGGUGACCAAACUCCUCCCUCGACACCUUCACGUUACCUCGAUCGGGUUUGUUGCUGCGUUUGGCGGCAGCGGCGCUGCUAUCCUUCCUUUCGCGGUCGGUGUGUUAGCACAAGCAAAGGGAGUCAAAGUGCUUCAGCCAUUUAUCAUCGGCCUGUCCGGUGCCAUUUUGAUAGCAUGGUUCGGAUUGCCACGAGUUUCCAAAGUCAGGCGGAAUGAGUAA